UCGCUGCGAAUUUAGUGGCAAACGAGCCAGCCAGUCGACCAGACACACGAGCGCGAGUUUGAAAUCGAAAACCUGGCCCAAACUGAAAUUCAAAACCGUCGAAAUAGCAUUAAUAGCAGUGAUCGCAGAUUGCAACGAGCGUGGGCUGUAAUCGGAAGUGUUAAGCAAAAAUAAAUAUUUGGAUAAUAAACAAAAAAAGCACAGCAGCUGUAGCUGGAGCUGGAACUAAUUGAAAGCCUCCCGGCUAAUUGCCAAUAAUGAGGAUUGCCGAAAUUGGCAACCGCUGAGAAAAAUAGAUAAUUUGGAAAAUCUUGUGCGUGUGUACGAAGCCGUGAAAAGCCAACGGCAAAUAAAUUGCAAAUUAAAUCGGCAUAUUAAUACGUAAGCACCGAAGGAUCACCAUGAAAUCGUGGCUGCUGGCUGUGGUGGCCCUGGCAGCAGUUGCAACUGGCAGCCAGACGCCCAGUGCGAAUCAAUACCAUAUCCAGACGGACGAGGGACCGGAGCGCUACUUCCGCUUCCAAACGGACAGCGGACAGUUUCGCAAGGAGAAGCGGCUGCAGGAUGGCACAGUCAUUGGAACUGAGGCGUGGAUCGAUGCGGCGGGCUAUCUGCGACAGAAGGACUACAUCGCCGAUAAGCAGGGCUACAGGAUACUGAAGUCCAAGACCAUCUAUGUGGGCCUAGGAAGAGCCGUUGAGGACGCCAUCAAAUCCACCAAGGCGGCGCCAGCUCAAUCGGGUGUCCUAGUGCAUGGCGGCGGCUCCUCGGGAUCUACGGCCAACAGUCUGGGCAGCUAUCGACGUCCCAGCUAUGGCUACAUUUCCAGCACCACGUCCACCACCACUCCUGCUCCAUAUCCACCACCAGCUCUGCUGGACGUCGAGGAUUCCGGCGCUGGCAAGCUGAAUUACUUGCCACCCGAACAAGCGGCCAAGAUUGAGCCACAAUCACAGCUCGGAUUCGAUCACUAUCCGGAUGAGCUGCCGCGGGCUAGAGAUCAGCUACUCUCGCCCCUUCCGGCCACGCCCCUCAGCCCACUGGUGGACAUCCACUCCAAUGGCGACCCUGUCCAAGACGUGGAACUGAAUGCCAUCAAUGUGUACGACGCUGAAGCAGAUCGAGCUUUCGGUCAUGGACAAUUUGGUUCGGUUAUUAGUUCCACUACGGCCAGACCUCCAUCGCUGGAUAUGCUUCCUCCACUGACUGCACACAGGCGACGUCUGCGUCCGCGUCCGACUCCAGCUCCCAUAGCCAUCGUUUCCAGCACACCAGCGCCCAUUUCUGGCGGGGAUUUGUACGGCUACUCCACGCCGCAACCCUUCGCUGCGCCUGCCUAUCAAUUCGCCCCGCCAGCCACGUCCGCCAGCACGGGAUAUGGCUACUAUCCGCCUCCGCAAUCCCCAGUGGAUGUGAACUCCCUGGAGUCGGCUCUGCUUCCGCCACUGCCCAACACCUACCGAAGACGCCUGCGUCCAAGGCCAGUCCCGAGCAAUCACCUCGAGGGAUUGGCCGCCUCCGAAUACGAUGGCGUGGGAUCGACCGGUAAUGGAUUCCGGUAUGUGCUGCCCAAGCAGUACCACGAGGAGGAAACGAAUCCGGCGGACGGAAAGCGAGCGGGCAGCUUUGGCUACGUGGAUCCCUUCGGAAUCCGGCGGGUAGUGUACUACAACGCAGCUCCCGGCAGAGGAUUCGUGCAUCGGAAUAACAACCAGUUUGUGGGCGCCAAUGGAGCGCCAUUCGAUUCGCCGGGUCCGGCGCAGCUGGUCAACGAAUAGAUGGUAGGGAGUAGGAUCAUUCAUGGAGAUUAGUGUGGGUCGAUUUAUUUUGUCAGCGAUUUUUGGGUUCUUCAAAGAGUUUAGGGGUUAGGAAUCGAAUAAAUCUGGGUAAUUUUGAGUUGUAGGAUAUGGCAUAUACCUUUUCGCUACAUUUUUAUUAUGGGUUCUUUCAGAAGAUUUCCCAUAAAGCUAGAAACAUAAGCUCUAAAGAAAUGCGAGUAGUGAAAUUAUAAUAUUUAUGUCAUGUGAUAAAUUUUAAAUGGAUAUUCAGUAUUUCAUCAAAUUGAUUUUUCGGAGCUUACACCUAUAGAUUUUUAGGACAAGUUACUAAAGUACCAAGUAGGUCCACCCAAACCGUGUAAAUCGACCCACUCUAAUGCAGGUGCUGCACGUAACCCGAAUCCCGACUCACUCAACGAGGCACCAAAACUAACCAUUGAACCUCAACCAAGGGGAAUCCCCCACUUACGAUUAACCUGUACAUAUAACCCCGCUUAGAGCUUUCCUCUCUCAAAGCCCCACUCUUUUUUUUUAUCUGUACUGCACGCACACACACACACACGCAAAGAAAACGACAUCUGUGUUAAUUAAUUUAAUGCUUAAUCACAUCCAAAUGUAACAUAAUUUAUAAAUCGAAACACUGUGCAAUUAGCGCUUAGAAUAAGUUCAUUUGGGGUACUCACUGCCGCACGAAAUGUAGAUUGUGUAAGUGAUUGGGGAGCAAUCGAUUCACGUAUUAAUCUUGCCAUAUUAACAAAAAGUAAAUUAAUUAACAUCUCUGUUCAUCACUUGGAACUCCCCACUUGGCCCCUUAGCGUAAUUUAUACCAAACAAAAUUAACGAUAGCCGUUUUUUGGCCAAUAGCUGUUCAUUUCUGAAGAAUGAAUGAAUACCCGUUGCCUAAAAACUUUAGCCAUGUAUUGCGAAAAAUGUUAUUGUUAAGCAGUUUAAAGACAAUAAAAAGAUGUAUUUAAAUUAUAAA